CUGCGCCGGAGAGGCCAAUGGGCGAGGGCAACGGUUGCGACGGUUGGGUUUUGAAAGAGCCAAUAGGCACUCGGAGCGGAGAGUUUAAGAGGCGUAAGCCAGGCGUGUUAAAGCCGGUCGGAACUGCUCCGGAGGGAACGGGCUCUGUAGGCACCAACUGCAAGGACCCCUCCCCCUGCGGGCGCUCCCAUGGCACAGUUCGCGUUCGAGAGUGACCUGCACUCGCUGCUUCAGCUGGAUGCACCCAUCCCCAAUGCACCCCCUGCGCGCUGGCAGCGCAAAGCCAAGGAAGCCGCAGGCCCGGCCCCCUCACCCAUGCGGGCCGCCAACCGAUCCCACAGCGCCGGCAGGACUCCGGGCCGAACUCCUGGCAAAUCCAGUUCCAAGGUUCAGACCACUCCUAGCAAACCUGGCGGUGACCGCUAUAUCCCCCAUCGCAGUGCUGCCCAGAUGGAGGUGGCCAGCUUCCUCCUGAGCAAGGAGAACCAGCCUGAAAACAGCCAGACGCCCACCAAGAAGGAACAUCAGAAAGCCUGGGCUUUGAACCUGAACGGUUUUGAUGUAGAGGAAGCCAAGAUCCUUCGGCUCAGUGGAAAACCACAAAAUGCGCCAGAGGGUUACCAGAACAGACUGAAAGUACUCUACAGCCAAAAGGCCACUCCUGGCUCCAGCCGGAAGACCUGCCGUUACAUUCCUUCCCUGCCAGACCGUAUCCUGGAUGCGCCUGAAAUCCGAAAUGACUAUUACCUGAACCUUGUGGAUUGGAGCUCUGGGAAUGUACUGGCCGUGGCACUGGACAACAGUGUGUACCUGUGGAGCGCAAGCUCUGGUGACAUCCUGCAGCUUUUGCAAAUGGAGCAGCCUGGGGAAUAUGUAUCCUCUGUGGCCUGGAUCAAAGAGGGCAACUACUUGGCUGUGGGCACCAGCAGUGCUGAGGUGCAGCUAUGGGAUGUGCAGCAGCAGAAACGGCUUCGAAAUAUGACCAGUCACUCUGCCCGAGUGGGCUCCCUAAGCUGGAACAGCUAUAUCCUGUCCAGUGGUUCACGUUCUGGCCACAUCCACCACCAUGAUGUUCGGGUAGCAGAACACCAUGUGGCCACACUGAGUGGCCACAGCCAGGAAGUGUGUGGGCUGCGCUGGGCCCCAGAUGGACGACAUUUGGCCAGUGGUGGCAAUGAUAACUUGGUCAAUGUGUGGCCUAGUGCUCCUGGAGAGGGUGGCUGGGUUCCUCUGCAGACAUUCACCCAGCAUCAAGGGGCUGUCAAGGCCGUAGCAUGGUGUCCCUGGCAGUCCAAUGUCCUGGCAACAGGAGGGGGCACCAGUGAUCGACACAUUCGCAUCUGGAACGUGUGCUCUGGGGCCUGUCUGAGUGCCGUAGAUGCCCAUUCCCAGGUGUGCUCCAUCCUCUGGUCUCCCCACUACAAGGAGCUCAUCUCAGGCCAUGGCUUUGCACAGAACCAGCUAGUUAUUUGGAAGUACCCAACCAUGGCCAAGGUGGCUGAACUCAAAGGUCACACAUCCCGGGUCCUAAGUCUGACCAUGAGCCCAGAUGGGGCCACAGUGGCAUCCGCAGCAGCAGAUGAGACCCUGAGGCUAUGGCGCUGUUUUGAGUUGGACCCUGCGCGGCGGCGGGAGCGGGAGAAGGCCAGUGCAGCCAAAAGCAGCCUCAUCCACCAAGGCAUCCGCUGAAGACCAACCCAUCACCUCAGUUGUUUUUUAUUUUUCUAAUAAAGUCAUGUCUCCCUUCA